ACGAUGGCUGGUCGCGACGCGUCGCGAGGAGGCUGCGGUUAGAAAGCCUUAAGGCGGGCCCACAGCGUCGCGAGCGUGCACGCACCGGUCGCGUAUCACCUGACCGUCCGCGGGACGGCACAACCUGUCCAGUAUGCACGGUGUCCGCGUACUAACAGUGUCGUACGUCUGACCGACUGGUACCAGCGCGGUACCAGUUGUCCCGCAGCUGCACGCGUUCGCGCGUGUUCGUUAUCGUUGCCCGUGCUGGCCCGGCGAUUCCGUUCCCGUUCGCGUUGUCCGCGAAUCGACGCAGGCGCCGUUCUAGGGAUUCCUUGGAUUCCUCGAGGAUACGCGUACCCGGGGACCCUGGGACCUCUGGAUUCCUGAAUUGCGGUCCGUGAAAAGGUCAACGACGAACAACGCCUGAUCGAGAGCCGGUGGGCACGGCGGAGCCGAGAGAGGAGGCAUACCGGUUGCGGCAGGUCACGUGGAACGGGUCUUAAGAUGGCCUACAUUAUCCGGUGUUAUCGGUGAGAGAAGGGUCGCAUCGAGGAAGAAACGACGAGGGCAGUGCCGCGUGGCGGGCGUGGAGCGAUAAUAGCGGGAUAAGAAGAAAAAUGGGCCAAGCGUGGUGCAAGGAGAAGACCACCAAGGCUCAGGACUCCAAGUCGCCCUUGGAUCGGGUCUUCGUCCGUUGCGCGCACCGGAUCUAUCCAAGCCUAAAGGAAGAGGGCUCGGUUCUUGGGGGUGCGACGCAGAGAGUAACGAGCUCGGAGAUAGGAUACGCCGGUUCACCGCCAAGGGAGGUGCUCACGCGAGGGAGGAGCAUAGAUUCGGUGGACAGACCUUUUCAACCCAGCGACUGGGUCGACGUGAACCUCGAGGUGCCGAGCUCGCCGAGGCCCAGCUCCGUCCUCACGAAUUUAACCGUCGACACGAGCCUCUAUCCCGCCGCCACUCCCGCGUCCAGCUCAGAUUCGAACUUGAAGGAUUCGACGCCAGUGCCGCCACCUCGACGACGCAAACGGAAUAAGGGCAGGCCCUUGCCGCCGAAACCGGACGAGAUCGCCGGGAACUCGACGAGCAAUUCGAGGCACACAGAAGGGGCCGACGAACCGUUGUAUUCGUCGGUGCAGUCGCCGAAAAGCAGCGGCGACGAGCAGGACGUGGAGGAGGAGAUCGAAUCGGAGAAACGGUGCCUCCAAGACACCGGAAGAAAGACGAAGGAGAUUUAUGAACACAAGGUAAACGGCACUGGAAGGAUAAUAACCAGCGACAUGGUGUCGGGCAAGAGACCCGGCAGGACCAUAGACGCUAGUUACCAUCAGCUGAAGCCUCAGGAUAGCGAGGAGUACGAGCGAUUCGCGAGGAACAGAACCAGCAAGGACUCGUCGACUCCCAAUCGCGAGGACAAAAGGGGAUCGAGGAAGCCUGAGAAUCGGGUCAUGGAUUCCUUGAAGGUUCCAGGUCUGUCGACCGGCGCUAGGACUAAGAACUACAGCACCGUCAGUCUGCCAAAUUACGACGAGUUGGACACGACCAGGCAUCAGGAGGACGGGACGAGGGGCUAUCAGGCCGAGGAGGAGAAAACAAAGCCCAGGAGACCCGUCAGGAGCAGCACUGGAUCGCUCCCGGCUGCGUCCUUCCUAGAGCCAUUUUCCGAGAAAACGAGCGUGCGACUGGAGGACUAUAUAUCGGGCCGCGCCAUUCCCGAUAACCUAUCGCCGUAUCAGGUCCUGGAGAAGCUGGAGUGCGGGGAGAACGGGGACGCGGGCGCCGGUUUCGUGAAGUACGACCCGAGUAAAUCGGAGGAUUGGGUGCUCGGCGGGAUCGGUGAUUGCGAAUUGAAUCACCAGCGCGGGGUCUCGUUGGAGGACGCCUCGAGGACCGACGAAGGCGAGCAGCACCGCGAGGACGAGGACGUCGUCGACUCCUCCGGUUUGGAUAGCCGAAGAAGGCAGCAACGAGAUGCCGCGGACUCAUCGACGUACUUGCAGAAGCCCGAGGCUUUCGGAAAAACACCGUCUGCCGUGACCGGCGAGCCGGAACAUCCCGAAGUGGAUCCAAAUAGGUCGCAGUUGAAGCAGUUCGAUCCUCCAACGCUGGCGGACAGUUGCAGAAUUUCGGCCAAUCGCGACUGCCUCGGCACCAAAGAGCCGUUUUUCCUGGACGAGGCGAAACAUCGUUCCGCUUUAGAUACGAUAGGGAAUCCCCACUUUCCCGAGGAGGACGAUCGACGCUCGAGAAGGAUCUUCGGUCGAAGCCUGUCGAACGAGAGCGAACCGGACGAGGACGCCUGCGAGUCGAAGGAGCUGACCAGCCGCCCAGUGAGCCUCGUCAGGACCAUAUCGGAGGAGUCGUUGCCGCGCGAGAUGCUCGAGCAGCAGGAGCUGGAGGAGCUCUUCGACGAGAAGCUGGCCAAGGAUGUGCACAACAAGCUGAAGAAGAGUUUGGACGAUCAGAAAACGAAGACGCCACCGCCGAGUCCCGAACCGAGGAUGAAGACAGAUUUUUCGGACGGCGAUCACUCGACGUUGCUGAAGGUCCUUAAAGAGGAAACUGCCGAGGAGAGUAAUCUCAGCUCGAUGACACCCAGCCUCACCGAGCUGGAGGCUGCGCUGUCGGACAUGCUCGAGAAGGAGGAGUCCCAGGAUGUCAAGGACGAAGCUAGGACCAACGGGAUCAGCGAGCUGGUCUCAAACAGUGGAAUCCUGACCGCUGAGAAGAAUCUAGCUUAUCCGAGGAAAAGUGAGAUUAAUCAGUCCGUCGAGGCUACAGGAAACCCUGUUGAUCUACCAGACGAGAGGAACCAAACCCCCGUGUCUCUGGGACAGAUCCUGGAGGACAGGAAGCCGAUUGCCACCAGGAAGGUAUCGUUCUGCGCUUGGGAGGAGACCGUGGACGAGAUCGAGACCAGGGCCAAUCGGGAAUUCAUCGAGGAUUUAGAUAAGACCGUCGUUUCUCGGCUGAACGACGAUAGUGGCUGGGCUUCGACGGGCCAGCACGUCGACAUUCCGCCAGAGAAGCCGACCAGGUUGAACAGGACAACGGAGGAUCCGGUGGCGGGCACUGGGAUCGUUCCCACGCCGCCGCGAAGGAGGAACAAGAGUCUGGGCGCUGCUAAGAGGGUGAUCGAGGCUGCGCAAAAUGGAUCCGUGAUCGCAGACCCCUACGCGAAUGACAGACUCAUCUGAACCAUCCUGGUUGGACUUUUUCAGCGAGUACUUGAACGAGGAAUUGGGUGGAGAGGCUACGACGGAACGAAGGAUGGUCUCCUGGACAUGUGCACGAGGGUUUCGUUAGUAGAGGGUGUUGUUAGUAGAGGGUGUUGUUAGAUAGGAUAGGCGUGAGCUGGAGGAUGUUGGAACCUUGUCAAUAGUCGAUAUCUGGGGACUUUGACAGUGGUAGAUGCCUAAGGACUUUUUUAACAGUGUAUACGCCUAAGAAUUCUGUCAAGGGAGGAUACUUGAGGAUUUUUUCAGCAAUGGAUGCCUUCAAGACUCUGUCAAUAGUGGAUGAUCAAGGACUCCAUCAACAGUGGAUGCUUAAGAACUUUGUCAACAGUGCAUAUGCCUAAAAAUUCUAUCCAUAGAGGAUACAUGAGGAUUUUGUCGUCAUUUGAUGCCUAAGGACCCUAUCAACAGUGGAUGCUUUGUCAACACAAAUACCCAAUACGUUGCAUAACUAGAAAUUUUAUGACCCAUCCUGGCUAUGCUCACAUUUUUCAUAUUCCGCCCCGUCAUAAAUGCAUAAGAGUCGCUAGUCAUUACCGCGAUACGAGAGCAAGAAAAUGUUCAAGAAAAUUUCCAAGAGAAUUUUCAAGAGAAUCUACGAGCGACUCGAGCCAGGUCACGCGGAGGUCAAGCAACCGGUUCGACCAUUUCCUGCUUGGGACGUGGUCGCAAAUUCGUUCACGCAAGCACUCGAAAGUACGCGGAAAUGGCGCGGCGAGAAUUUCUCCGUCUCGGAGGAGAAGCUUUCUUCAGGGCUGAAACUUCUCUUAACGAACUUGCCCGUUCUCGAAGAAAGGACGCGCGUCGCGGCCUUCGUGAAUCGCGAAACCUCGUUUGGGGAAAGUUUUCGAUUCGAUCGAUCGCAUCGCGGAUGCUCAAGAAUCUUCC